CAUUCACGUUAUUUAUAUAACCACCAGCAGCAGCGCAAUAACACUGAACAUGAAAAGAACACGCCUGACUGCUUGCCUAUACUAACGCCGUGACGUUUGGAAUGCACCCUUGAGUCCAGCCAGCGAGAUGUCAUAACGAAAAUCGGACGAUGUGUAUUUUACUUUGUCUUUGAUAUCAUCCACCCCAAAAGCCCCUUGUUCUUUUCUACUAGCACAGCACAGCAUGUUUUAAAUUGAAAGAGUUACGUUGUCCCGGACAAAAUAAUUACAUGAGCGCUUGGGUUGUAUCGUAUUAUAAAGGACCGACGCGAGUAGCGUGGGACAGAGAGGAGAAAUAUUAAACUACUAAGACAAGAAAACAUUGCUGCUCGAAAUUAAUCUCGUACUAUGAGGGUGAUGUUGGUGCUGCAGCGGAAACUAGGAGAGAAGCGGAUGCAAGGAUUUAAAUAAAUAAGAAAUGAGGUGUCUCAGGGAGCCGAGUUGUAGAAGAUAUCUCGCACCUAAAGAAGGUUGGUUAAAAUUACAAACCCCCAAAAGAGGAGAAUCCUCGGAAUACCUCGGAAUUGCUUCGUAAACCCCUCCUAAACUCCGUGCCUGGACAAAAGGGAGUGUUACAUAGUACAGUGCAGCACGACAACAGCCGUGAUUCAAAAACAGCUGAUGGAUGGAUCCUGAGAUACAAGACCUGUGGUUCAAAACUGGCACUGCUGGGUUUACACAAAAGAAGAAGAAGAAAAACAUUGUUUUAUUCGGACGAUUCCUUAAAACCUUUAAGUGUUGCACUGAGUAUUCUUGUUAUUCGCUUGGGUCUUCAGAGAAGUCACCACCCCCCUCCUCUAGCCCUUCUCUACCAUCCUCGAUUCAGAAACGUCUGGAAACGUCUGGUUUGGGAAUCAUUGGAAAUCCUGCAGCCUCCCCCCCCCCCCCCCCCCCCACCAUCUUAUACUGAACCCCUAACCCUCGUUCCUUUGACCUGACAAGUGAAUCUUAGGGACCUCCCCCUAAAUCUCCCCACCCACAAGUUCCCUCCCUCCCUGGACAUGUAUCUCGCCCUUAAUCAAUGAGCCCACUUACCAUACACCAAGCCCCUUCAAACUGCAAACCCAACCUAUUUGCCCUAAACCCCAAUCUGACCUGUUUAUUAUCACAUCCCCUUUUAUAUUACAUCACAUCUCUUUAAACCUGACACCUUUGUCAAGCCCGACUCCCACGGUCUCAUACACAGUGCCUCAACGAUUCACUGGUCCCCACACUUCCCUGGGCAGCCCGCUGUCCUCUCCCUGCCCUCCCCUCGCUCUGAAUGGCCAUGGCAGCCUCUGCGCGGGAGCACCUGCAGUACGUGCGCCGGCGCAAUCCCCAGAUGCGCUACACGCUGAGCCCGGAGAACCUACAGAGCCUGGCCGCCCAGAACGCAGGCCCUGCCGAGCCAAUGGGCUUCCAGCGCGCCAACAGCGACACAGACCUGGUCACCUCCGACAGCCGCUCCUCGCUCACCGCCAGCACCUAUGAGUUCACGCUCGGCCUGGCGCAGGACCUCAUCAUCUCCUGGGACAUCAAGGAGGAGGUGGACGCAACGGACUGGAUCGGCCUCUACCACAUCGAUGAGAACUGCCCCUCAAAUGUGUGGGACUCAAAGAACCGCGGGGUGAAUGGCACCCAGAAGGGGCAGAUCGUGUGGCGGCUGGAGCCUGGGCCGUACUUCAUGGAGCCUGAAAUAAAGAUCUGUUUCAAGUACUACCACGGGGUGAGCGGUGCUCUGCGUGCGACGACACCCUGCAUCACCGUCAAGAACCCCGGGGUGAUGGUGGGAGCGGAGGGGCUGGCUGAAGGAGACAUGGUCGCACAGCCCUGUCGGAAACUCGUCAGCUUCACACUGUCAGAUCUCCGAGCCUUGGGCUUGAAGAAGGGCAUGUUCUUUAACCCCGACCCAUACCUGAAGAUGUCCAUCAAGCCAGGAAAGAAGAUCUCAUUCCUCACCUUCGCCCACCACGGCCAGGAGAGGCGGUCCACCAUCAUCGCCAACACCACCAACCCAGUGUGGCGCGGCGAGAAGUAUUCCUUUGUGGCCUUGCUCACUGAUGUGUUGGAGAUUGAGGUGAAGGACAAGUUCGCCAAGAGCCGACCGAUCAUCAAGCGCUUCCUGGGGAAACUCGUCAUCCCGGUCCAGAGGCUGCUGGAGAGGAAUGCCAUUGGGGAUCAGAUCCUGAGCUACAUGCUGUGCCGGCGGCUCCCCACGGACCAUGUGAGCGGGCAGCUGCAGUUCAGAGUGGAGAUCACCUCCUCUGUGCAUGAAGAUGCAUCUCCGGACACCAUGGGCACUUUCCUGGGGGCAGCGGCGGUGAACGGGGACCCGGAGAGCCCCUCUGAUGAUGAGGACCUGCCAGGGAACCCCCCCACUGCCAGGGGCCUGUCCCCCACAGGCUCGGAGGGGUCUCUGCCAGGGGAGGCAGCCCCCCAGCCCCUCUCCAGCGAGACCAGGGGGAGAGAGGAGGAGGAGCAGGAGGGCCGGCCACAGCCGGCAGAGAGCGAGUCCCCGACCCGCUGCACCCAGACCUUGCGUCAGGAAUCCCUCACUGACUACCUGGACGCUCUGGAGCCCAAACCGGGGGCCAGGGUUGAGGUGGCGGGCCCCAGUGAGAGGCCCAUCGGCGGGGCCUCCCCCAAACUGAGGAGCAGCUUCCCCACGGACACGCGGCUCAGCGCCAUGCUGCACAUCGACUCAGACGAGGAGGACGAGCAGCUGGAGGAGGAGGGGGCGGCGCUGGAGGAGGGGCUGCUGAUGCUGAACGGGGGGCUGCGGCAGCUCAAUGGCAGCAGUGAGGCCAAGGGGGAGGGAGAGAAGGAGGGAGAGGAGGAGGAGGAGGGGUUGGGCAGUCUGCACCAGCUCCUGAAAAGACUGCCCUCCACACAUCUGCUCGGGGACGACGAGGUGGAGGAGGGGGAAUCUGGAGCUGUGCAGGACCAGGACAGCGAGACCACAGAGGGGGCGGUCAGCUCGGGGAACGGCACUACGCGCCUGUCAUCCACGGCCUGCUCGUCCUCCUUCGAGAGCACACGCUUCCCAGCCUCCUUCUCACAGGAGGAAGAGAACGGGGAUGCAGCGGUCACUGCAGAUCCAGGGGGAGGGGCUUCCUCUGGGGCCACACCCCCUGCAUCCUCUGACACCCUCAAUGAAGAGGGAGGGGCCUGUGGGGGUGCGGUAGGUGGGGAGGAGCCUCAGCCAACUGUCUCGGCCAGUGAGGAAGAGGGAGAGGAGAUCUGGCAGAGGAGGCAGAGCAUGCAGGCAUCAGGGGGGGGAGAGUCUGUAGAAGAGGAAGUGAGGUCAGCAGGGACUGUGGCAGAGGCAGGGCCAGAAGGGUCUGAAGACUCGAGUCAGGGAGCAGUGGAGACAGACCGAGACGCAGACUCCCAGUCGAACGAGCACCAGCCCAUGCGCUCCCUGCCCUCUGUGCGGCAGGAGAUGGGCCGGUACCAGCGAGUGGACGAGUCGCUACCUCCCAACUGGGAGGCGCGCAUCGACAGCCACGGGCGUAUUUUCUACGUGGACCACGUGAACCGGACCACCACGUGGCAGAGGCCCACCACGCCGGCCGCCUCCCAGGUCCUGCAGAGAUCUGACUCCAUACAGCAGAUGGAGCAGCUCAACCGCAGGUACCAGAGUAUCCGCAGGACCAUAACCAACGACCGCUCGGAGGCCCAGGCUCCGGAGGCCCCCCCUGAGGACAGUGACCUGAUGCACCACACCAUCCCAGAGUACCGGCGUGACAGCACCCUACCCCCCUCCAGCUCACGCUCCCGCCUGUCCCUGCUGCUGCAGUCCCCCUCCGCCAAGUUCCUGACCAGCCCUGAGUUCUUCACCAUGUUGCAUUCCAACCCUAGUGCCUAUCGUAUGUUUACAAGCAACACGUGUCUGAAGCACAUGAUCACCAAAGUGCGCAGAGACACGCACUACUUUGAGAGAUACCUGCACAACCGUGACCUGGUGACUUUCCUCAACAUGUUCGCCAACAAGCAGCUGGAGCUGCCGCGCGGCUGGGAGAUGAAACACGACCACCAGGGCAAGCCCUUCUUCGUGGAUCACAACUGCCGCAGCACGACCUUCAUCGACCCCCGGCUGCCCCUGCAGAGCAGCCGCCCCACCAGCGUGCUGGCACACCGGCAACACCUGACCCGGCAGCGCAGCCACAGCGCAGGGGAGGUGAGCACGCGCCGCCUGGUCGGUGAUGAAUCUCGGCACUCGGGCCCCCCGGUUCUGCCACGCCCGUCCAGCACCUUCAACACAGUGAACCGGAACCAGUACCAGGACCUGGUGCCAGUGGCCUACAAUGAUAAGAUUGUGGCGUUUCUGAGACAGCCCAACAUCUUCGAGAUCCUGCAGGAGAGGCAGCCUGAGCUUGUCAGGAACCACCCGCUCAGGGAGAAGGUGCAGUUCAUCCGCAGUGAGGGCACCACAGGGCUGCUGAGACUCUCCAGCGAUGCAGACCUGGUCAUGCUUCUCAGUCUGUUUGAAGAGGAGGUGAUGUCAUACGUGCCUCCACACGCCUUACUGCAUCCCAGCUAUUGUCAGUCACCGCGGGGCUCGCCAGUCUCCUCCCCACAGAACUCUCCAGGUACCCAGAGAGCCAACGCCCGCGCCCCUGCACCCUACAAACGAGACUUUGAAGCCAAACUGCGCAACUUCUACCGGAAACUGGAGACGAAGGGCUACGGACAGGGGCCGGGGAAGUUAAAGCUCAUCAUUCGGAGAGAUCACCUGUUGGAAGACGCCUUCAAUCAGAUCAUGGGCUACUCCCGCAAGGACCUGCAGAGGAACAAGCUCUACGUCACGUUCGUGGGAGAGGAGGGGCUGGAUUACAGCGGCCCCUCGCGGGAGUUCUUCUUCCUGGUGUCCCGGGAGCUGUUCAAUCCAUACUACGGCCUGUUUGAGUACUCGGCUAACGACACCUACACCGUGCAGAUCAGCCCCAUGUCUGCCUUCGUCGACAACCAUCACGAGUGGUUCCGGUUCAGUGGCCGUAUCCUGGGCCUGGCUCUCAUUCACCAGUACCUGCUGGACGCCUUCUUCACAAGACCCUUCUACAAGGGACUGCUGAGGAUCCUCUGUGAGCUGAGUGAUCUGGAGUACCUGGACGAGGAGUUCCACCAGAGCCUGCAGUGGAUGAAGGACAACGACAUCAACGACAUGCUGGACCUCACCUUCACUGUCAACGAGGAGGUCUUCGGACAGAUCACUGAGCGUGAGCUGAAGCCAGGGGGCGCUAACAUCCCUGUGUCAGAGAAGAACAAGAAGGAGUACAUUGAGCGCAUGGUGAAGUGGAGGAUCGAGAGGGGCGUGGUCCAGCAGACUGAGAGCAUGGUCCGUGGCUUCUACGAGGUAGUGGAUGCCCGACUGGUGUCAGUGUUCGAUGCCCGGGAGCUGGAGCUGGUGAUCGCUGGCACAGCGGAGAUCGACCUGAGUGACUGGAGGAGCAACACGGAAUACAGAGGAGGUUACCAUGACAGCCACAUUGUGAUCCGGUGGUUCUGGGCAGCGGUGGAGCGGUUCAAUAAUGAGCAGAGGCUCCGGCUGUUGCAGUUUGUGACGGGCACCUCCAGCAUACCCUAUGAGGGCUUUGCUUCGCUGCGCGGGAGCAACGGACCCAGGAGGUUCUGUGUGGAGAAGUGGGGCAAGAUUACCUCGCUACCCAGAGCUCACACCUGUUUUAACCGGCUGGACCUGCCUCCCUACCCCUCCUUCUCAAUGCUGUAUGAGAAGAUGCUGACUGCGGUGGAGGAGACGAGCACCUUUGGCCUGGAGUGAGAAGCCUCCCCAACCCACCCCACCCCACCCCACCCCACCCCACCCGACCUCACCUCACCCUGCCUCCCUGCCACACACUGCUGGGUAUCUAUGGACGCAUGGGGCUCAGCAGGGACCUUCAGAGGAAUGGACCUUCCUGGAGGGGCGUCUGACAGGCUUCAGUGGAGGAGGGAGCUCUUUGGAACACUGGGGAAGAAGUAUUUUGGAUAAACAAAGCCUCACCUCAACUGAGGAGCAUAAGCCAUUAUUCUAGGAAAAUAUGGGAUUAGGAAGCAGAAUUCAGGAGAUAGGGUUUUGGAUUCAGAAAGGGGGAUUGGAAGAACGUUGGAGGGAAUUCCCCCUAAGUCAUUGCUCCCAACACCACUGUUCAGCAAGCUUGCAAUACACUCAAGAAAAGACAAGCUGGGAUUGGCUAGUACUGAAGGACACUCCUCAAUAUCAACCAACUGGGAAUCAAAGAAAAUACACCUCCACCAAUCACAGGAGCAAUGAAAGAAAGAAUACACAUAUUUUAAUAUUUAAAAAAAAAAUAUAUAUAUAUAUAUAUAUAUAUAUAUAUAUAUAUAUAUAUAUAUAUACUCACACACAAAAAUAAGUUAUGAGUAAAGCUACCAUAUUGACAUGGUCGGGCGUAUUAUGAUUUAAUUAUUUAAUUUUUUUGUUUUUAAACAAAAUGAAGACUGGGCAAUCUCUAUAUCUUUGAGCUUUGACACACAUACACGCAUACACUGGACUGCUACUUGCAUAUAAUCCUAGUACUAUUGAAUGUGUAUCAUGACACAAUCCUAUAUGAAUGCUGUCUGAAGGAAUGAUUUUAUUUUGUUGAUACCCUUAGUGCACUGUACUGUAGAGGCCCCCUCCUCUCUCUCACUCUGUGGUUUGCAGGUGCAUUCGAGGGGAGCUUGCUGUCAGAUUGGGGUUCUGAACCGUUUACUCUCAGCUCAUCGUUUUGGAAUCGGACUGACUCAAGGACGACCCUUUGGGAUCUUUUAUCUUCAUUCCACAGCAUCCUUUCUUUUGGACUUUCCUGGAUGUAUUCCUGUAACAGUUCACCCUCACACGCAGCGCCUUGCUCUUUUAAACAAUGACUGGCCCUGCCCAGUAGCAACCCGGGGGGGGCAGAUCAGAGGGUGAACCCCAAGACUCUCUGCGCUCAUUGCUGCUGCUGAAAGGUCUGGCGUCUCUGCACUGGCACACUGCAUUUAUUGUUAUGUUAAUAAGGGGUGUCCACAGGUUAAGUGGCUGAAUGUUCUGUCAGUAGAAUGAAGUGUGUGUGUGUGUGUGUGUGUGUGUGUGCGUGUGUGCGUGUGUGCAUCACACUGCUAAAGAAUUGAGGACAUUGCAUGUAUAUAUACCAAUAAAGUGAGGGCAAAAAUGACGUCACUCACUAUUGCUUUGCAGUAUGCUUUCUGAGUUGUGUUUUUUUAUUAAGGAAUCAUAAGUGAUACUGUACUGUAAUGCCCUCGCUAACAUAGUAAAGUGAACAUGUAUGUAUGUAUGUAUGCAUGUACUAUAUGUAUGUGUGUGUUCGGGUCAGUGGUUUGAGUGUCCCUGUACACCCCAGAACUGCAACAGUCUUCAUUUUCUACCUAAACCUCAGUACUGCUGCUGGCCUCUUGAGAUUAUAACACUCAUCAUCAUGGCUGCUUCAUUUGACAAUUGAACAUUUGACACUGUAAGAAAUAUACUAGUAGUUUUAGACUACAGAUGCUGUAGAUUCUUCUACUUCAGAUUCACAGCUAUGGAACAUCAAUUCUAUUGGCUUCUGUGCUCCCUGCUAAAGUGAAUUGGUUAUGCUGUACAAUUUCGGCAGAGGAUUCUACAGUGUUUAAACCGUUUGAGUGCUAUUUGGGUUCAGGAACGGCUAGUAGGACUGUACUGGGACACUGACUGGUGUGUCUGUGGUAGAAUGGGAUCCAGUCACAGGGCUGUACUGUGAGAUUACAGGAAGGGGUGCCAAAGCUAAAGCAAGGACAAACUGGAAAUGCACGGCCGCGAUUCUACUGGAGCAAAACACUGCGCUGAGCUAAGAGAUCCGAUUUCAUGAACUGCACGAAGAACAAAAAAAAAAAAUGAAAGAAAACAAGCAUUCAAAAAAAUAAGUGUUAGAACUCAAUAGAGCAUCCCGGGGUAUGAGUACCAAGACUAUAGUCCUGCUCGCUGGCCUGCGUGCGCACGGUCCACAGUCAGGGUCCUGCCCACUGGCCUGUGUGUGCACGGUCCACAGUCAGGGUCCUGCACACUGGCCUGUGUGCGCAUGGUCCACAGUCAGGGUCCUGCCCACUGGCCUGUGUGCGCACGGUCCACAGUCAGGGUCCUGCGCACGGUCCACAGUCAGGGUCCUGCACACUGGCCUGUGUGCGCACGGUCCACAGGGUCCUGCACACUGGCCUGUGUGCGCACGGUCCACAGUCAGGGUCCUGCGCACGGUCCACAGUUAGGGUCCUGGCCGCUUCCAUCUGGCUGUGCAUGUUCAUGUAUGCUGAACAGAGGGGAGGGGGGACACUCACACACCAUGCUUGCUCAGAGAGAUUUAGUAGCAAGCACCAGCAUACUUUCAAUCUCCAAAAUGCCUUUGUUAAAAAUAAAAAAAAUACAAAACAAAACCUAAAGAAAUCCCCAAAUGCUCUAUAUGUAUAUAUGUAUAAUUUGCAGUCUAUGUACCAAAGGUUUGCGGAUGACUGGCGAAGGCUGGAGCGGGCUGUGGAGAAACAAGUGGUUUACACUCAUACUGCCAACACUGGGGUCAGCACUGCCCCUCAGCCACAGCAACAUGGCAUGUGGAGUCCUGCUACCCGCAUACAACUUUAUAAAAGUGUAAUAAAGGACAGUCAAAGCAUGGGAAAGCCCAGAAAAUGUGGAAAACUAAAACUAUGGGAAACUCAUGGGAAACUCAUGGGAAAAGCACAGUAUUAAUGUGGUAAACUGUUCUAAGGGUAGGGAGGAGCAGAAAUGUGCUUCAAGUCCUAGAAAAGUUAUUCUUUGAGGGCUGUGUGGAAUUGGAACAAAUCCACACAGUUGGAGGGAAACAGCAAAUCAUUAAUUUUAAAGAAAUAUUCCUUGAAGCCAUUAUUGUUUAUUUAGUAACUGUAUUUCCAGAUUUGUUCCUGCACCACCUCUGUCUACCAACAGGUGUCGCUACUGCACAUUUAAAGGGUGCAGAAACAAGGUAAUACAGUACAUGGGAUCAUCACAUUAUCAAGAAAGCUGCAUUUGGUGGCCCCCUCUAGUUGUAUAAACUAAAGUAUAUUAUAAACCUGUAGUUUUUUUUACAGUCCUCAUCCCACAGCAGCACACUUGAAAUUGAGUGCAAUCUAGUUUGGUCUGGAAGGGGGUGGCCCUGUAUCUCGGUGUAUCCCAGUGUUGGUCAGUAUGCUCUCACGUUCAAGCAUGACGAAUAUUCACACAAAGCUCACUGUUGCCCCCUGGUGUUUGUUUACUUGUGUGGACAUUAACCACGUCACUGCUGGAGAAAAGCAUGCAGGGAAUGUCCUCUCAAUUCCAAGUGGAGGACGGGUUCAAAGACACAGGUUGUGGUUUAUGUGUGAAUUAGAAGAGGUUUCUGUGUAGUAAGGCAUCUUUGAUUCAGCCUGGGGUCUUGUGUUAGCCCCCCUCCCUCUCUUUAUAGUAAAUAAUCAGUUUUUUUUUAAUAUGAACUGAUUUGAAUCCUGUGUGCUGGGUUGCUUCAGCACUGAGGUGGAGAUGUCACUGGUAUCAGAUAUCCAUACUAUGCAAUGCUAUUUCUCCAUGGCACAGCUUGAUUGUAAAAGAACAAAGUGCUUUGUAUUAUAAAAGUGUUGGUUGUGGGCUCUGUAGGGGAUGGUGGUGAGUCGCCUGGAUUUCUUUUGGGGGGAGAGGAGUGGGGGGUGCUGGUGAAUGAUCGGCAGGAUUUCGUUUCGCAGGGGUGGUGGUGAUGGAAUGAGAUUUUUGCACAUGACUGAUAUUAUUUUUUGUUGUCCCACGUAGUUGAAUAAUUCAUUUAAGGCGGGGGGGGGGGGGGGGGGGGGGUUAAAGCCCUAAAACUACCCCCUAGCUACGCCACUGCACCCAGUCCCUCAGUUCUAACCACUAGAUCACACUGCCUCCCUCCCAGUCCCUCAGCUUUAACCACUAGACCACACUGCCUCCCUCCCAGUCCCCCA